CUCGCUAGCCCUCCGACUAGGCUCCGGCUGAGAGCGACCGCCCUCCUUGCGCCCAGCGCCGACCCGCCCGGCUCCCCGCGCCGAACCCAGCACCUCGGCUCCCCGGGGUCGGACCGAGGUCGCAAGCAGCGCCGCGGGGUGUGGGGCGGACCCAGGAGAUGAAAUGACAACGUCAACCCUCCAGAAAGCCAUUGAUCUGGUGACAAAAGCCACAGAAGAGGAUAAAGCCAAGAACUACGAGGAGGCACUCAGGCUCUACCAGCAUGCUGUGGAGUACUUCCUCCACGCUAUCAAGUAUGAGGCACACAGUGACAAGGCCAAGGAGAGCAUUCGAGCCAAGUGCGUGCAGUACCUAGACCGGGCAGAGAAGCUGAAGGAUUAUUUACGAAACAAAGAGAAACACGGCAAGAAGCCAGUCAAAGAGAAUCAAAGUGAGGGCAAGGGCAGUGAUAGUGACAGUGAAGGGGAUAAUCCAGAGAAAAAGAAAUUGCAAGAACAACUGAUGGGUGCUGUUGUGAUGGAGAAGCCCAACAUACGAUGGAAUGACGUGGCUGGGCUAGAGGGGGCCAAGGAGGCUCUCAAAGAAGCUGUCAUUUUGCCAAUUAAAUUCCCACACUUGUUCACAGGCAAGCGUACCCCUUGGCGAGGGAUACUGCUUUUUGGACCCCCUGGCACAGGGAAAUCCUAUCUGGCCAAGGCUGUGGCAACAGAGGCCAACAACUCUACCUUCUUCUCUGUGUCCUCCUCAGAUUUGAUGUCUAAGUGGUUGGGGGAGAGUGAGAAGCUAGUCAAGAAUCUCUUUGAGCUAGCCAGGCAACACAAGCCCUCCAUCAUCUUCAUCGAUGAGGUGGAUUCUCUCUGUGGGUCCCGGAAUGAAAAUGAGAGCGAGGCUGCCCGAAGGAUCAAAACAGAGUUCUUGGUCCAAAUGCAGGGUGUGGGGAAUAACAAUGAUGGGACUCUGGUUCUUGGUGCCACAAACAUCCCCUGGGUGUUGGAUUCAGCUAUUAGAAGGAGGUUUGAAAAGCGCAUUUAUAUCCCACUGCCAGAAGAAGCUGCCCGUGCCCAGAUGUUCCGAUUGCAUCUUGGGAGCACUCCACACAACCUCACAGAUGCCAACAUCCAUGAGCUGGCCCGGAAGACAGAAGGCUACUCAGGUGCAGACAUCAGCAUCAUUGUGAGGGACUCCCUUAUGCAGCCCGUCAGGAAAGUGCAGUCAGCAACACACUUCAAGAAGGUCUGUGGUCCUUCCCGCACCAACCCUAGCAUUGUGAUUGAUGACCUCCUGACCCCAUGCUCUCCAGGGGACCCAGGGGCCAUAGAGAUGACUUGGAUGGAUGUUCCUAGUGACAAACUCUUAGAGCCUGUGGUUUGCAUGUCGGACAUGCUCCGGUCUUUGGCCACCACCCGGCCCACAGUGAAUGCAGAUGACCUCCUGAAAGUGAAGAAAUUCUCAGAGGACUUUGGACAGGAGAGUUAAAAGCUUCUUCACUUGGGUGAAGGUGAAGGUGGGAGGUUGAUUGGGGCACAUCUACGGUACUCCCUACACUGGUGGCCAGACAGGGCUCCAGGGCUCGUCCUAAAGUCACCACAGUGUCUCCUCUGCUGUCUGGCCGCCAGCCAGGGAGCAGGAAGAAAAGGGCCUCCACAGCAGAUGACGCUCCGCUACAGUCUGGCACACAGUGGAUACUGGUUCUUCCUAGUUCUCUCUUCUGGAUGCUGACCAGUUCCUUUUCCUGCCCCUCCAUGUCUUUUUUAUUUUUGUUUCCCUAAAUUAAUGCUGCUUUGAUUUAUCUUGUUUAUAAAGAUAAAAUCCCCUGGAAGUGUCAAGGAGUGGGAGUAGCCAGGCCCCAGUUACUUUUAUGGCCAAGUUUGGCUGAGAACAGACUGAUGAAGAGUAAGAAAAGCCAUUCCCACCCUCCUAGGUUUGCAUCCAGAGCCCUGUGUCUUCCUUGCAAGAGGAGGAGAUGGUUUCUGUGAGCACAAAGCUGUUUUGAUCAGGAGAGAAGGCAGGUGCAUCUUCACUGCUGCCUCCCCACCCCCCCAGGCCCACCCUCCCGAGUGUAAGAACACUGAACCCAGCCACUGCCCUGGGUCCCUGUCCUGGAGAUGGUCUAAUAAAUCCUUUUCCCUUCUUGA